AUGUAUGUCCAAUUCAUCCUCUGUCAGACCUCGGCUUCAUUCUUUACGUAUGAAGACUUCUUUUCCUACAAGUCUGGUGUCUACAAGUAUACGAGUGGCGCAUAUGUUGAGUUUCAUACUGUUGAACUCAUCGGUUGGGGUACCGAGAAGGGAGUUGAUUACUGGUUGGCCAAGAAUGACUGGAAUGAAGAAUGGGCUGACCUUGGCACCUUCAAAAUAGCCCAAGGGGAUUGUGGCAUAAACGACUUGGUCCUCGGGGCACCUGCAGCCCUGAAUUGA